AUGGAUUCCAACUCUAAUCCUACCACAUUCCGAACCGUGGCAGAGAUCCUCGCGUCAGAUUCUCGGCCUACGCUCUCUUCCCUCACGCCUUCCCUCGUCCGUCUCUAUGCCAUCCUUGCGCCAGCUUGCCUCGUUGUCUGCGCGACUAACGGCUACGACGGCUCAGUCUUGACCGGCCUCCAGGGCGUAGCCGCCUGGAAUCAUGAGUUCGGGAGUCCCAAAGGAGCUCUCUUGGGGAUCACCAGCGCAGCUUACCCUCCCGGCGCAAUUCUCUCAACUCCCUUCUCAGCCAUGAUCUCCGACCGUUUCGGGCGGAAAUGGUCUAUCCUUAGCGGCAGUAGUAUCAUGACCAUCGGUGUGCUGAUACAGUGCCUCAGCCACUCCAUCGGACUCUUCAUCGGGGGACGUAUCGUCGUCGGGUUCGGCAUCACCAUGGCCCUCGCCGCCGCCCCGGUGCUGAUAUCAGAGCUCGCACAUCCCCGACACCGCGUCCUCUUCGGUUCGCUGUACAACACCAGCUUCUAUCUUGGCGCCCUGACUGCUUGA